GUCUUGACUCGCUAACUGGGAUUCCCUGUGUGGAUUCAAGCUUGGACCUCGACAGCGUAAGGAAAUGGAGCUCAGCGGUGUAUAACAGAAAGCAUAUGGACAGGUCCACGUCCUGGCAUUUAGAUGCUAAGAAAUGGUGCUGGUGGGGCUCAUCUCUGCCUGAUAAUUGGGUGCACUGGAAGAGCCAACUCUGAUCCUGGGCUCCCUGCUUGAACAAGCCUUCACUACCAGCCACUCCAGUCCAGCGGCCAAACUACUUGUUUUUCCUUAAUGAUGGGUAUUGGUAAGAAUACUACGUCCAAGUCCAUGGAGACUGGGAGUUCAACCGAAGGCAAAUAUGAGGACGAAGCAAAGCACCCCGCUUUCUUCACCCUUCCAGUGGUGAUAAAUGGAGGUGCCACAUCCAGUGGUGAACAAGACAAUGAAGACACCGAGCUUAUGGCGAUUUACACGACAGAAAACGGCAUCGCAGAAAAGAGCUCUCUGGCUGAGACGUUGGACAGCACUGGCAGCCUAGACCCCCAGAGAUCGGACAUGAUUUACACCAUAGAAGACGUGCCUCCCUGGUACCUGUGCAUAUUUCUGGGCCUGCAGCACUACCUGACAUGCUUCAGCGGCACCAUCGCGGUGCCCUUUCUGCUGGCCGAUGCCAUGUGUGUGGGGUACGACCAGUGGGCCACCAGCCAGCUCAUCGGGACCAUUUUCUUCUGCGUGGGAAUCACAACUUUACUGCAGACAACGUUUGGAUGCAGGUUACCCCUGUUUCAGGCCAGUGCUUUUGCAUUUCUGGCCCCUGCUCGAGCCAUCCUGUCUUUAGAUAAAUGGAAAUGUAACACCACAGAUGUUUCAGUUGCCAAUGGAACAACAGAACUGUUACACACAGAGCACAUCUGGUAUCCCCGGAUACGCGAGAUCCAGGGGGCUAUCAUCAUGUCCUCACUGAUAGAAGUGGUCAUCGGCCUCCUAGGCCUGCCUGGUGCUCUGCUGAAAUACAUUGGGCCCCUGACCAUAACGCCCACGGUGGCCCUCAUUGGCCUCUCUGGUUUCCAGGCAGCGGGAGAGAGAGCAGGGAAGCACUGGGGCAUCGCCAUGCUGACAAUUUUCCUAGUAUUACUAUUUUCUCAGUAUGCCAGAAAUGUUAAAUUUCCUCUCCCAAUUUACAAAUCCAAGAAAGGAUGGACUGCGUACAAGUUGCAGCUUUUCAAAAUGUUCCCUAUCAUCCUGGCCAUCCUCGUGUCCUGGCUGCUCUGCUUCAUCUUCACAGUGACAGACGUCUUUCCUCCUGACAGCACCAAGUAUGGCUUCUACGCUCGAACAGAUGCCAGGCAGGGCGUGCUUCUGGUGGCUCCAUGGUUUAAGGUCCCAUACCCGUUUCAGUGGGGACUGCCCACCAUCUCUGCGGCUGGUGUCAUCGGCAUGCUCAGCGCGGUUGUUGCCAGUAUCAUUGAGUCUAUCGGGGACUACUACGCCUGCGCACGGCUGUCCUGUGCUCCACCGCCCCCUAUCCAUGCAAUAAACAGGGGGAUAUUCGUGGAGGGUCUCUCCUGUGUUCUCGAUGGCAUAUUUGGUACUGGGAAUGGCUCUACUUCAUCCAGUCCCAACAUUGGAGUUUUGGGAAUUACUAAGGUUGGCAGUCGCCGGGUGAUACAGUACGGGGCCGCCCUCAUGCUGGCCUUGGGCAUGAUCGGGAAGUUCAGCGCCCUCUUCGCCUCCCUCCCGGAUCCUGUGCUUGGCGCCCUCUUCUGUACUCUCUUUGGUAUGAUCACAGCUGUUGGACUCUCCAACCUGCAGUUCAUCGAUUUAAAUUCUUCCCGGAACCUCUUUGUGCUUGGAUUUUCAAUCUUCUUUGGGCUGGUCCUUCCAAGUUACCUCAGACAGAACCCUCUCGUCACAGGGAUAACAGGAAUCGAUCAAGUGCUGAAUGUUCUUCUCACAACUGCUAUGUUUGUAGGAGGCUGUGUGGCUUUUAUUUUGGACAACACCAUCCCAGGCACUCCAGAGGAAAGAGGAAUCAGGAAAUGGAAGAAGGGCGUGGGCAAAGGGAACAAGUCGCUCGAUGGCAUGGAAUCUUAUGAUUUGCCAUUUGGCAUGAACGUUAUUAAAAAAUACAAAUGCUUCAGCUACUUACCCAUCAGCCCAACCUUUGUGGGCUACACGUGGAAAGGCCUUGGGAAGAGUGCAAACAGCCGGAGUUCAGACGAGGACUCACAGGCCACGGUAUAGCCGUAGCUUACCCUGUGGCCCGGCCGCAGUGAGGCAUGAAUCCGUAGUUCCUUGCUGAGUAACAAGCAGUAACAUAUAUGUCUGUAUAUCUGCAUUUACAUUCUGCACCCCAGAGCUAAGACAGAUAGCAAAUAGCUUUUUUGUUGUGGGUGGUGAUCAUGUCUAAUAUGGUGUCCGCCUGGCUCCUUAUUUAAGCCCCGACCCCUUAUCCUUGAGAACGUCCACUGCUGGCCAUGGUCACUGAACUUGAAGUUCCUUUCCUCCUGUCCUUGUUUUCCUUCCUCUUCCACUACCCCUAGCUUUCCUGUAAGCCACUUCCAGGGUCCAGGGGCUUUCUGUUCUGGUACAGCACCUGGACGUGCAGCUUUUUUAAUUUGACCUUGGCCUGAACCGCAGAGACCUCCUGUGGUUAAGGGGCAGCUUACAUUGUCCCAGCUUAUUGGUCAAAUGUGAUUCUAUGUUCCCGGAUACUCCUUCCUGUUGGAGGAGGCUAUUGUCCUGAUUGAAAAAAACAAUGACAUGGUUAACCUAUGCCCAGAUGUGUGCGUAGGUGAGGUCUGUACAGAUGGUAUUAGAUUGGAAGGCUGUUUGGGGGUGGGAGGGGAAGGGAAAGUACCCUGAAGUCAGUAUCUGAUCCUCAACUGUUCUGUCUCGGUGCCACCCUGGCCCAGGCUGGGCCAGCACAUUUCAUACUGGCCUCUUUUUCACUAGUAGCUGAGAUGCUCUGUCUGGUAUUUAUCAUUCCUGGCUGGUGCAACAGGUGUAGAUUGCCACACAAGGGCGCCAACCAGUUGUUUAUGGGAGUCUUGGCUCUGCUGUCGUGAAUGUCAGUUAUUGUCGCGUGUGUCUAUAAAUACAAGAUUUUAUCCCUAUUUAAUGUUAUUGACUAUAGCAGAUUUUUGAAAUCAGUGUUUUUCCACGUGACCCUCUUACCUUGUAUCCCUAUUACUUGUGCCCCACCCCACCCCUCUCAUUAAGGAAAGAACCAGCAUUUGUAAAGCUGUGGACACCAUCAGGGAAGCUUGCUGUCAUGGCUUUCAAAGGCCAGUAACUAUUAUUGUGGUUGUGUUUUGUGUUGCUUGAUAACCAUGAAAGUGUAAAUACUGUAAUGCCUAAUCUAUUUAUCAAAACUGACUACUGGACCAGAGCCCAGCAACCAUGGGUUAUGUUAUACGUGAAUUUGUUUUGUGAAGAAGGGAAGCCAGGACAGGUAACAAGCAGAGCUGCCAUACUGAAUGGUCUGGCGUCCUGGCGUAUUCAUCACCGCAGUUCUGUUGCAAGUCACUUUUGGCAGUUAAGGCUUAAGGAGAAUUUUUUGUAGGUCGCCAUGUUGCAUGUCCACUGGAUCUUGAUUUUGCAGAGGGGAAGAUAAUUUAGAUCCUCUAGCCAAAUGCUGCCUUUCUCGUUUAGUUAUUGCAGAAAGUAGUAAGAAAGACAGCCAGCAGAUCCGCUCUGUUGAGUACUAAUUAAAUAACACUAUAAUUUUUCUGGGGAAAAAAAUGACUAAAGUUGAAUUGGGUUUGAAAAUUUUCAGCCAAAGGAAGUCUGAGACAUAAAGCAGUGACCUUGCCUCGGGAGGUCAUGGUUCUGGUUCUCAGCGGCCUUGUGUCCACAGAGUGCAUUCCCUGCCCCGCGGCUGCCUCUGCUGCACUGGCAGCAUCAUUCUGUCACGAUAGCCUCCAUGACUCCUGGAAAGUCGGGGGCUUCAAGGCUUGUUCUGGCAAGAACACUUCGGAGCCACUUCAUUGUUUAGCCAAGACCUUAUUGCAGAUUAUAUAAAGAACUUAGAUUGUAAAUGACAUUUAAUUUUGUAUGUUACGGUUUUUUGAAGUGUAUUCAAUUCAUAGUUUCUUUUGAAGCACACUGGUUAAGGAUUUCCAUUCCUUUAACUUGGUAAGCCCUCGAGGCUGACAGCCCUCCUACACUGAGUCACUCUCAGUUCCUUCUAUUGGUAUUUCUGUUCAGCAUCUCCAAUUUCUCAGCUCUGAAAAAUGGGAAAAACUGUUAGUCAUCCCAGAGAUUUGCAGUAUUCUAGCUCUGUAGGUGAGCAGAAGGACCAAGUACCCAAAUGAAAGCAUCUGAACCAUUAGUAAUUCAGAAACAAAUAAGUUCCCUUCAACUUAACUUGACCAGGCAUCUUCUGCCCAGUGGGUAACACUCAGGGUAUGUGUUUCCAACGUCCAGAAACCCACUCCCUUCUGAAACCCCUCCUUGAGUCAGGUUUUAUUGGGAGGUUUCAAAUCUGCUGGACCAGGGGAUGUCUGAUAGCAUUCGAAUGUGGAGGGAAGCCCUAUAUCCAUACUAUCUAUUGGAAAGAGGGUUUUUGUCCUUCUCGUUCCAUUGGGGCCAGCUUUAGCUUCCCUGUCCAAAGGUUGGGGUGGGGGUUGGGGUGCGGGAGGGGACAGGAGGUGGGGAGGAAAGAGGGCAGCCUGAAUAGAGGCUCCAUUAAGCCUUGCGCUUUCUGUACAGCCUCCAAUCACUCACCUUUGCUUGAGUGAUUGGAGUCUCGUGAUAACUAAUAAAUCUUGCACAUGCAGCACCCGCCAGCCCUUUUAGGAAGUUGGCCUUCUGCUAGCCAAUAUGCAACAGAAUGAGCCUCAUUGAAAGGAAAAUAUAUUCAUCUGCUUCUUGAGUUUAAGCACACUACAAAGGGGAGGUUUUGGGGAAUGUGGUGGCCAUGCACGGUCUGUCCCUGUGUGCUUCCCACUUAUACUAUUCGCCUGCAUUGUUGGGGUCACACACUCACCAUGCUUUUUUGUCCAAUAGAAUGUUUUAAAAUAAUAUGUUAAUAUCCUUGGGCAGGGCAUUCAGUCUCUAGUUUCCACAGUGACCACUUACCCACCGUCUUUAUAUUUACGUGAGCCAUCUUGAUGUGGAAAGUAAAUAGAAAGUAUUUAUAGGGACAGUAGAUGCAGCCAUAUCCCUAAUGGGUGGGUUAGGGGUGGCUAAGGAAGACCCCAACACAGAUUUUUUUUUUUCUACCACUGAUUUUGAUAAAAAUAUCUUACAUUGCUCACAGAAUAAUGGGAAGUGGCUCCAGUCUUUGUAAGCAGUUUUCAUUCUCAUUCUCAUUUGGGAGUUAAACUUAGAUCCAUUGGCACAGAAUCUUAAGAGGGCUUCAGAUAUUAACUUUUAGGAAGUUUCUUGUGAUUGUUCAAGGGAAGAGAAGUGGCUUAACCAGGUCAGCUAGAGUGAAGCAUCAUGGGUCGUGAUGGUUUCCCAUUUUCAUGGUAACAAAUUCGUACACAGGAUUUGCUUUAUACUGUAGAAUACUGACUUUCAUGAUGACAACUUGAUUUAUGCAUGAAUAUGUUGCAGUAUUUCCAUAUAGUAAAAUAACAUUUCUACCCAGGAUAAUAAUCACAGUUUUCCAGGGAGGGAAUGAUAUAAUUUUCAUGACAAUGUCAUGUGAUGAUAGAAUUUCUCCAUUGAUGAAUCUCUAGUAUGUGUGUAUACUUUAUUUACCCAUGAGUAUGUUUUAUGACCAUGAGCUAAGUUGUUAUUUCUUUAAUUCAUGUCCCUGCUGAAAUAUUGGUACUAGCAACUUAGACUUGAAGUUGGCAACUAUAACCUUCCUUAAUAUUGAUGCCACAAAAAUGGCCAGGCCAGAUAGAAGAUGAGUAAGGAGCUGUGGCAGAAACCUCAUUCCAGACCCUGUCUGGAGCGAAGAGAGGCAGCAUCCUGCAGGCCACUGUCCUUCGGGUGUGCAGUCGGCUGUCGACAUCGGGCCUGGCAUGCACACCCGGCCAUGCCCCCUGGACACCGGGGUCAUGCGCAGCCACCUGAGCGUUGGCAGGGUCUAGUACUCCAGGGAGCCGCCCUCGGCUUUACAGAAGAGCCUGGAGUCUCCCAUGCUGCACGUGUUAUGCUCUGUCCUCUGAUGAUUUGGAUACAGAAAGCAGGACGUCUCCCACCCUCUGCCCCUCUUGCAGGCACAACCCAAGUAGUGCAAGAAGACCACCCGUUUUUGCCAGCGUUCAGUUUCCGCCCAUGGACCCAGAAAGCACGUUAACACUGGGAACCCCUUUCAGCAGCCUCACACAUUCCUGUCUUUCUAGGUUGUUCUCGACUGUGCCUCAUCAUCACUCUACAUAGGUAACUUCCAGCAUCCUUAGAAUUUCUGUGUGUGUUUCGUGGCAUUUAGUACACCUUUACCAGAGUGGCCAUUUACUGACAGUUCAAAUUAAUAUUUUCUUUGUUUGUAAGAACCUUUGUUUGACACAUUAAUAAAUUUCUGACUGUUCUUAAAAACAGUGGGGAUGCCUAUAUUUUCCUUGAGUUUUUGUGACUGACUUUGGCUAUGUACCUUUCUGGGAUUUCGUUUUUUUUAUUUUGCAUACUGAGGGUAUUUGGGGGGUUGUUUUUUGAGAUGUGUAAUUCUUUUAUGGAGUUUUUAAAAAGAAUUUUCAUAUUGUUUUUCUAACAUGGCUUCAUUAAACGUUUAAGUAUUUUAAAAAUAUGUAAUAUUUGGACCAGAUGUUGUGAAUAAUAGUAGAGAUAAAGCUAUUUUAUUCUGUAUUUUUAAAACUGUUCCGUACAAAUAAAAGCUCUCCUGGACACA